UGAUUCAGUCAAUCAAACCAACCUUUCAUUUGUCGACAAGAAGUCACCUCAAGGCUUCCUCCUUCACAGCUCCUGCCAAUGUUAUUAUCUCCGAACAGUCAUCGUCUGUAAUCCAUGACUCAAACGGAUCAAACAUGAAAUCCAUGAAGAAACCCAAUAGUUUCUUUAAGUAUAUCAUCAGAAUCUUCAAAUCGCUUUCUAAGAAAGAAUCAAAGAAAGAAGAUGACUUGGAUAAGAUCGCAGCCGAGGAACAGACGCAAUUCUCUCUACAAACCCUUAUCACAGCUACCAGAGAUUUUCAUUCUGAUCACAAGCUCGGGGAGGGUGGAUUUGGCCCUGUCUACAAGGGGAAAUUGCGUGAUGGAAGAGAGAUAGCAGUGAAGAAGCUAUCGCAGAGAUCGAAUCAAGGGAAGAAGGAAUUCAUGAAUGAGGCUACGCUGUUAGCGACGGUGCAGCACCGGAACGUUGUGAAUCUAUUGGGUUACUGCGCUGAGGGCACAGAGAAGCUUCUGGUCUACGAAUACGUCUCUAAUGAAAGCUUGGACAAAAUUCUCUUCAGGAAAACGGCGGAAUUAGAUUGGAAGAAAAGGUAUGAAGUGAUAGCAGGGGUAGCACGUGGACUGCUCUACCUUCACGAGGAUUCACACAGUGUGAUCAUACAUAGGGACAUCAAAGCCAGCAACAUCUUGCUGGACGACAAGUGGUGCCCUAAGAUCGCUGAUUUUGGCAUGGCCCGCCUCUUCCCUGAGGCCAAUACACAGACUCAUGUCAACACCCGUAUCGCUGGCACCAAUGGGUACAUGGCACCGGAGUAUGCGAUGCACGGUCAAUUGUCAGUGAAGGCGGACGUGUUCAGCUAUGGUGUAGUGGUACUAGAACUUAUCAGUGGCCAGAAGAACUACACAUUCAACCUCGACCCCGAUUGUCAGAACCUACUUGAAUGGGUAUGGAAGCUUUACAAGAAAGGUAGGAGCUUGGAGACAAUGGACCCAUACCUGGCAUCAAGUGCAAUCACUGAACAAGUUGCAAAGUGCAUACAAAUUGGUUUAUUAUGCACACAAGCUGACCCAAAGUUAAGACCAACAAUGCGUCGAGUGGUGGUGAUGCUAUCAAAGAGAGCUGGCACUCUUGAGGAGCCAACCAGACCGGGUUAUCCUCGAGUAACCCGGUCUAGAUAUGGAAGAACUCCAAAACCCCAUGCCACUGCCGGUUCUUCUAGUGCCGGUGCUUCAUCCAGAUCUUCCUCUUCUCAAUCAUUCCCAACUACCACAAACACCAAUACAGCUACCACUUCUACUGUCACCAGCCCAAGACCACAUUCUUAUGGGAAGCGUCCCAUGCAAGGGUAGUUCUAGGGGUGUCAAUUUCCAGUUCAAACCAAAUCAAAUUGUUAUUGGUUUGGUUUUGUUGGGGAUUUUAUGAAAACUGGUCGAAAUCGAAAUCAGAUCGGACGAAUCCAACCAGAAGCCAUACCUGAUAAAAUCCCAUUAUUCUCAGUAUUUUUUUAUGUAAAUGUAUAAAAAACCAAAACGAAUCAGGAACCGGAUAAAACACCAAUUUGAAUCGGACUGAGAUAGAAACCCACUGAAACCGUACUUCAGCUAGCAGUUUGGUUUUGAUUUGGUCCAUUAUCAGCUCAAAACCGAUUCAGCCCUGACAGAAACCAUACCAAACCAAUCGAUUGAGACCCCCAUUGUGGCGCUACCCUAUUUGUGAAAAUUUGAAAAUUUUGAAUCCUUUUUAGUAUUGUAUAUUAUGGUUAUAGAGAAUAGGAUGAGUUGCUAUUCUUUUUUUUUUUUCCAUGUAAAUUUGAGUUAGUGAAGGGAAAAUUAAUGAAAGGGAGCCGGUUUUAUUUAUUUA